AUGAGCGAAAAUAAUCUUCAAGGGCUUUACACAAACACUCCAAUCGUAACUGGAAAUAACGAACAUUACAAUGACACCUCUUUUGCUACAACAAAUGCACAUGAAUUAACUUCUCUUUACGCGUCGCAGUUGAACACUAGUGAUCAAUUACAAAGUCUCGCGAAUGCAUUCAACGAUAACGGAAUCCAACCGGGACCAUCUUUUACUUAUGACUUAUCCGUGACGAACCAUAAUAAUCGUACAGGGCUUUACACAAACACUCCAAUCGUAACUGGCAAUAACGAACAAUACCAUGCGACCUCUUCAACAACCAAUGGACAUGAAUCAACUUCUCUUUACGUGCCGCAGUUGAACGCUAGUGAUCAAUUACAAAGUCUCGCGAAUGCAUUCAAUGAUAAUGGAAUCCAACCAGGACCAUCUUUUACUUAUGACUUAUCCGUGACGAACCGUAAUAAUCUUACAGGGCUUUACACAAACACCCCAAUCGUAACUGGCAAUAACGAACAGUACCAUGCGACCCCUUUUGUAACAACCAAUGGACAUGAAUCAACUUCUCUUUACACGCCGCAGUUGAACGCUAGUGAUCAAAUACAAAGUCUCGCGAAUGCAUUUAACGAUAACGGAAUCCAACCGGGACCAUCUUUUACUUAUGACUUAUCCGUGAUGAACCAUAAUAAUCUUACAGGGCUUUACACAAACACUCCAAUCUUGAACGCUAUUGAUCAAUUACAAAGUCUCACGAAUGCAUUCAAUGAUAAUGGAAUCCAACCAGGACCAUCUUUUACUUAUGACUUAUCCGUGACGAACCGUAAUAAUCUUACAGGGCUUUACACAAACACCCCAAUCGUAACUGGCAAUAACGAACAGUACCAUGCGACCCCUUUUGUAACAACCAAUGGACAUGAAUCAACUUCUCUUUACACGCCGCAGUUGAACGCUAGUGAUCAAAUACAAAGUCUCGCGAAUGCAUUCAACGAUAACGGAAUCCAACCAGGGCCAUCUUUUAAUGAGCUUUAUAAUGCUGCUUACAGCAUAACUGAUGACCUAUACGUGACGAGCCAUAAUAAUACAAUCACUCCAAUCGUGACUGGCAAUAACGAACAUUACCCUGUGGCUCCUUUUGCAACAAAUGGACACGCGCAAUAUUCUUCUCACAUGCCGCAGUCGAGUGUGACAUUAGAACUGCCAAAAUCUUCAAAUUUCUUUCCCUCACUUAAUUCACCAAACGAGAUUAAUGUAAAUUCUCCAUUGGCUAAUUUAGACAUGCAACAACAAUUUCAACAAGAUAUUAAUUAUUUGAAUAAUUAUUUUCAUUCUGUUAAUCAGCUUCAAUUAAAUAAAGAACCCUUUGCAACAAAAAGAUACGAAUCAGAUUUGCAAUACCCCUCACACAAAUACUAG